UCUUUUGUGGAGGUCCUGAAGAAAUCAAAUUCUUUCCUGCCACAUGUAACCCUUGCUAGUACGCUGUUGGCUCUUGUCUUUCCGCCUUCUUUCACAUGGUUUACCAACAGGUUCUUGAACCUUGUUUAAAUAAAUUGGUUGGUCAAUAAUUGAAUAUUUUGUUUACACUAUUCCAUUAUAGAGACAAUGAGCUACUUCCAAGGAAGGUUGACUUUUAACAUCACUGUGCUAAAAAAUGGAGUUUGGCUGAAUGCAGUUGUGGUCCUUGUGUAUACAUUUUCUUUUAAAGGGGAAAACUAAGUGAAUGAAGAGGAAAGAAGAAAAAAUUCAUCCAAUCACAGUUAGAAAUAUAUUUUGUAUAUAUUGGCUUGUUACGUAAAAUGCAUUUGGAAUUAGUGAGUACCGGGUCUUUGCUAUUUCUAUGUUGACUGUGUAUUCUCUUUGCUGCCUAACAUGUCGGGGAAGCUUUAGUUCAUUUUCUAUGUAAAUUGUAAUUCAUUGCAUAAAACACGUGUACUUUUAUUGUAAGCACACUUUUCAUCCUAUAAAUAACUAACCUUUGUUGUAAAUUGUAAUAACAGUCCCAUGCUCAUGUGGUGGGCACUUUUGCAGUUUUCCAUUCAUUUAAUUAAACAGACAUGGACAGAGGGAUCUAAUUGUUUUGAAAUCCAGAUUAAAACAUUUUGCAAAUUACAGAAUGAAGAGUGAACUACAGAUUAAGUUGUAUUUCCUGCCCUGAAGUAUUCUGGUGCAGCUAUUGGAAGGUACUAUGCACCUGCCUUGGGGUUUUUGAUGUUUGCAGUGGGGGUUAAUUCCAGCGAAAAGGAUUUCCUCGAAGCUUUCAAGAGACCAACAGCUAUUCUUGCUGGUUAUAUUGGCCAAUUUCUUGUCAAGCCGCUUCUUGGAUAUAUUUUUGGCAUUAUCUCAGUAGCAAUAUUUGGUCUUCCAACUCCAGUAGGUGCUGGAAUUAUGUUGGUAUCUUGUGUUAGCGGUGCCCAGCUCUCAAAUUAUGCUACUUUUCUGACGGACCCGCCAAUGGCCCCUCUAAGCAUUGUCAUGACAUCACUGUCUACAGCUACUGCAGUAAUCAUCACACCACUCUUAUCGCUCUUGCUCAUCGGAAAGAGACUGCCUGUUGAUGUAAAGGGAAUGGUGUCCAGCAUUCUGCAGAUUGUAGUUACACCAGUUGCUGCAGGGUUGCUUUUGAAUCGGUUCUUUCCCCGAAUAUGUGAUGCUAUUCGGCCAUUUUUGCCUCCGUUAUCUGUAUUAGUUACAGCUUGCUGUGUUGGAGCACCACUUGCUAUUAACAUUGAGUCUGUUACGUCUCCUUUUGGACUAACCAUUUUGUUGCUUAUUAUUGCAUUUCAUUUGACCGCUUUUGUAGCUGGUUAUUUCCUUACUGGCAUGGUCUUUCAUAAGACACCUGAUGUCAAAGCACUACAAAGAACACUAUCCUAUGAGACAGGAAUGCAAAGCAGUCUUCUGGCCCUUGCCCUUGCAAACAGAUUUUUCCAAGAUCCACUUGUUGGAGUGCCUCCGGCCAUCUCUACUGUAAUCAUGUCUUUGAUGGGCUUCUCUCUUGUCAUGGUUUGGGCCAAAAGGAAAGAAUAAAUAGACAAAAUAGAUCUCAAAUUCUUUGAAGUUGGCUCAGUGGUUCUCGAUGGCUUGCAUAUUAAUGAAGUGCAAUCAAGAAUGACUGAAGAGUAUUUUUGUUUUUCUUUAGUGUUUUUUAAAAUUGUAAACUUUUAAUUUCUAGUGCUAAGAUUUGUAUCAACUCAUUUUGUAAUUUGUAUAUUAUGCCUAAGGCAGUAAUUAUGGAAUUGAACAUGAUUCACAUGGAAAA